GUACCGGAAGUUGCGCUUGGCAUUUGGCAUGCGCAUAAUCACACCGAGGAAGAAAAGCUCCAGUGUUCCACUGACGGCAUUAAAUUGUAAACAUUAGACACCCGGGGGACUCCUGCGUCUCUGGGAUGGCAGUAUAAGGUUGACCUGAAGUUGUGGGACCAAUCAUUGAUCUUCAGUGCAUGGACGCAAAGCCAAUGCGCAGGGUCACCAGCGCACGCCAAGACGCCACUGGAAUGGACAUCACCAGCCGCUGUACUCUGGGGGACCCCAACAAGCUCCCUGAAGGGGUCCCCCAGCCCGCGCGCAUGCCCUACGUCUCCGACAAACAUCCCCGGCAGACCCUGGAGGUGAUCAACCUGCUGAGGAAACACAGGGAGCUCUGCGACGUGGUGCUGGUGGUGGGCGCUAAGAAGAUCUACGCCCACCGUGUGAUCCUCUCCGCCUGCAGCCCCUACUUCAGAGCGAUGUUCACAGGAGAGCUGGCAGAGAGCAGGCAGACUGAAGUGGUAAUCCGGGACAUCGAUGAGAGAGCCAUGGAGCUUCUUAUUGACUUUGCCUACACCUCACAGGUGACUGUCGAGGAGGGAAACGUCCAGACGCUGCUCCCUGCUGCCUGCCUCCUUCAGCUGGCUGAGAUCCAGGAGGCCUGCUGCGAGUUCCUCAAGAGACAGCUGGAUCCCUCCAACUGUCUGGGCAUCAGGGCCUUCGCAGACACACACUCCUGCCGCGAGCUGCUCCGCAUUGCAGACAAGUUCACCCAGCACAAUUUUCAAGAGGUAAUGGAAAGUGAAGAGUUCAUGCUGCUGCCCGCCAACCAGUUGAUUGACAUCAUUUCCAGCGAUGAGCUCAACGUGCGGAGUGAGGAGCAGGUUUUCAACGCUGUGAUGGCCUGGGUCAAAUACAGCAUCCAGGAGCGCAGACCGCAGCUGCCCCAGGUCCUGCAGCACGUACGUCUUCCACUGCUCAGCCCAAAGUUCCUGGUGGGCACUGUCGGGUCAGAUCCCCUCAUUAAGAGUGACGAAGAGUGCAGAGACUUGGUUGAUGAAGCGAAGAAUUACCUGCUGCUGCCACAGGAGAGGCCUUUAAUGCAGGGCCCCAGAACUCGGCCCCGGAAACCCAUCCGCUGUGGUGAAGUGUUGUUUGCAGUCGGCGGUUGGUGUAGCGGUGAUGCCAUUUCCAGCGUGGAGCGUUACGACCCUCAGACCAAUGAGUGGCGCAUGGUUGCCUCGAUGAGUAAGCGGCGGUGUGGAGUCGGCGUCAGCGUCCUGGAUGACUUGCUGUAUGCUGUGGGAGGUCACGACGGCUCAUCGUAUCUAAACUCUGUGGAGAGGUAUGAUCCCAAGACGAACCAGUGGAGCAGUGACGUGGCUCCCACCAGCACUUGUCGUACGAGCGUGGGAGUGGCCGUCCUCGGAGGUUACCUGUAUGCUGUUGGCGGACAAGACGGAGUUUCCUGUCUCAACAUUGUAGAAAGAUACGAUCCUAAGGAGAACAAAUGGACGCGUGUGGCCUCCAUGAGCACCCGGCGACUUGGUGUAGCUGUGGCGGUGCUGGGCGGGUUCCUGUAUGCUGUCGGAGGCUCUGAUGGGACGUCACCAUUAAACACAGUGGAGCGCUACAACCCUCAAGAGAACCGCUGGCAUACAGUGUCUCCCAUGGGAACCAGGAGGAAGCACCUGGGCUGCGCGGUCUACCAGGACAUGAUCUACUCUGUCGGAGGGAGAGACGACACCACAGAGCUCAGCAGUGCUGAGCGAUACAACCCCAGGACCAACCAGUGGUCUCCUGUCGUGGCCAUGACAUCCAGACGGAGUGGGGUGGGCUUGGCUGUGGUGAAUGGUCAGCUGAUGGCAGUGGGAGGCUUUGAUGGGACGACAUACCUCAAAACUAUAGAAGUCUAUGACCCUGACGCCAACACAUGGAGGUUGUACGGAGGAAUGAACUAUCGCCGGCUAGGUGGAGGCGUGGGCGUUAUUAAAAUGACUCACUGUGAAUCCCACAUAUGGUAACACUAACUCCCCUCUAACCCCCCCCACACGCAUACACACACGGUCGUACUUCUCAUCACAUUGCAGUGGAUGCCUGUGUUCACCGACUCUUGUGCCUCCCCAAAAAGAGACGCUGGGAUUCACGCAGGGGGUGAGGAAGAUGACGGGGGGGGGGGAAAGACAAGACGAGACGGAAAGACGAACAAACUCUGAACUGUAGUUGAUCCCAAACACCCCCACCUCCCCCCCACCCCCCUCUGAGGUCAUUAACUUUGGAAUAACCUGAUUAUCUUCACGGUUAUCCUGAAGUGCACUGAGAGCAAGAAGUCCAUCAAUCGCCGUUAAUCUUCCACUUUGGACCGGACUGUCCUUCUUCUGUUACUACCGCCCAAGUUCUCAUCCUCUGAGCCUCUCAAUCUGGAACAUUGAUUUGGCGUGUGAUUGCUCUGCUGCUCGGGGACUAGCAGCUCGUGUGUCGAAGGCAUCAGGUCAUUAGAAGAAGGCAAUUCUCUGUCUUUCACUCCCUUUUUUUUAAAGGUGCCAGCCCUUUAUGAACACCAUCGACGACGGAUUAAAAACAUCUGCGUUGUUUAAUGAUUGUCAGAAGAAGAAAAAACUCCUUCAUUCUUUUUCUACAUUUCUUCAGUCUUGGAAGCUUUCAUCCUUGAGCUUCAUGUGUAGCAUAAACAGUAAGUUAUCCGGUCUUCAGUCCGGGUAACCAUCAAGCUUAAUAAACUUACUGCUUCUGAUCCCAGAGGAAGGACGGCUCACAUUAACAGGAUCUAAACCUUUCCACCUCGUGUUGAAGGAGGCCCGUCUGCUGCUCUGUACAGGAGGCUGCUGUUACCUGAGUGUGGACUCUUGAGUUUUUAAAGACUUCACUUAUCAAGAGAUCUACUCCUGUAGUCCACCAAAAACCUGCAGAACCUGGGCACAGAAGUUGGUUUAUUUCUGGCUCCAGUGCUGAAUCCUGAAGGCCUCCAGCAGUGUGCGGCGCCAUGCAAACUCACGUCAUCAUUCUGUUAUUGGAACGUCUUCUCACUCAUUGGUCGAUUAUGUUUCAGCAGCCGACACACCCUGCAGCUCCAGUUUGUAGAUUCUGCAGAAAGGAAACAGUCACAGGUCGGCUGUCAGACCAGCACCUGUCCCCCCAUCGCCCCACAAGAACCGUGACUUCUUUUGCGAUGCAGUGCAGAAGUGCGCAGGUGACUUUGAUGUUUCAGUCUGUCACCUCACAGACAUUCAUACUGUUGCACUCAGUUCAACAAGAUCACAGUGUUGCAGACAGAAAACACAAACAUGAGUGUUCAAGUUCUCCUGGUCCGUGCUUCAUGCUCAUGCUGUCGUGUCUGAUCCUGAUUCACAGGUUGUUCAAGACACUCACAGAUCAUCCAACAAGCACUUCCUGAAGCAUGGAGACCUUUACAGUUCUGCUUUAUUCUUAGUUUUUAUUUUUCAUCUGUACUGUAGCCCCCCCCCCAAACCUGUUCAUCCCUGUUAAAGCCUUAAAAUCUACAAACACACUUACAAAUGUGACUUUAUGAACACAGGAUGAAUAGAUGCAUCCCAUCAGGAUCUUCAAACAGCUCAACAGGACAGUAAACAUGGGAUAAGGUCAAAUUAAAAAACAGUGUGUGUUCAAGGUCAUGAAGGAAAUGUCUGUUCUCUAUUUUUUAAAUAAAAUCAGCGACUGAGUUCUCCAACACGGAGCGGUGAGAUCCAUCAGG